AUGAAGUGGUCAACGACUCUGUUCGGCGUCGUCCUCUGCCUCUGCGCCCUCGCAGCGACACGUGUGCAGGGUCAGACAAAUGCAACGGACGCCAGCCCUGGUGAAUUUCCCUACGUGGUAAGUGUCGCUCAUUUCGAGGAAUCCGUUGAAAUGGUGAUUGAAACGCAGGUGAAUCUUAAUGUGACCGAUAAGACGUACUCGACCUCGGUUCCAGGACUUGUUGUCAGUAGCAGAAAUUUGUCGAACAUGCAAAUCAUCGAUCAGCAGGGCAAAGUUCGAGCACCGAUUAAGAUCAUGGGAAUAUAUUAUAACACUUUCGUGUACAUCAAGUUCUGCGAUAAUUUCAGAGGCACAAAGUUUCCGCUGACGGCGUCGUCUUUCAACGACCUCUCAGCAAACGUUAGCGCAACGUUGAUUUUCUUCAAUGGCACCUCGCACGUACUGAAGAAGGUUGCAGCAACUGCAUUCGAUUCCGAGACUUGCGAAAACUUAGAAUCAAACGGCGGUUAUAAACUUUGCAUGAAGAAGGAUGACACCCCAGGACUUUGCAAGAUAUUUUUCGACAGUGCCUCCAACCCCACAUACAAGUGGAUUCCGAUGUUGGCGAUCGACGGCCAAGUACAAGGCGCUUUCUUAUCAUUCAGCUGCGCGGACAACGGUGACAUGUCUGAUAAAUGGCUUUUUCGAAACAUCGAUUCCUACCGCCAAGAAUUAAUACAAACCAUCCCCAUUGUCGACAUCAAAUAA